AUGGCGGCUAAUUUUUUCAGCAACAAGGCCCGAGCUGCUGCUGCUACUAAUGCGGCAGCGUCAAAAUCAAAAUCCACUACAGGCGAGGAAGAUAAGUCAAGACUCCAGCCUUGGGUGGAGAAAUACUUUAGCCGGCCAAAAACACUCGAUGAUGUAGCUGCUCAAGAUCAUACCGUAACCGUCCUGCAACGGACUUUACAAGCUUCGAAUCUUCCACAUAUGCUUUUCUACGGCCCUCCUGGUACCGGCAAGACCUCCACGAUUCUCGCCCUUUCGAAAUCUCUCUUCGGCCCCAAGCUGUACCGCUCACGAAUCCUCGAACUGAACGCUUCCGAUGAACGAGGCAUUAAUAUCGUGCGCGAUAAAGUCAAAAACUUCGCGCGCACCCAGCUUUCACACCCGCCCCCGCAAGAUUCGGAGUAUAGAAAACAAUAUCCGUGUCCGCCGUUUAAGAUUAUCAUUUUGGAUGAGGCGGACAGCAUGACGCAAGACGCUCAAGCAGCUUUGCGCCGGACGAUGGAAAGAUUCUCAAAGAUCACCCGGUUUUGCCUCGUGUGUAAUUAUGUUACGAGAAUAAUCGAUCCAUUGGCGAGUCGUUGCAGCAAAUUCCGCUUCAAAACUCUGGAUGGAUCAGCGGCUGGCGGUCGUCUGGAAGAGAUUGUCAAGGCGGAGAAGUUGAGAGUUGACGAUGGCGUUAUCGAUGCGCUGAUUCGAUGCAGUGAAGGGGAUUUGAGAAGGGCGGUCACAUAUAUGCAGAGCGCGGCGAGGCUAGUUGGGUCCGGGCUGGCAGGGAAAAGUGGGAAGGAUGAGGGCGGCGACGAGGAGAUGCCCGACGCCGAUAGCUCGGGAGUUAUUACUGUACAGAAUGUGGAGGAGAUUGCGGGUGUUGUUCCGGAUAAUGUGGUGAAUCGGCUGAUCGACGCUAUGCAGCCCAAAAAGGGAGGCUCUGUAUACGAAGGAGUUGCGAAGGUCGUUACGGAUAUUGUGGCCGACGGUUGGAGCGCCGGCCAAAUACUGUCACAAAUGUAUCAAGCAACUGUGUUUAACGAGUCAAUUCCCGACAUUCAAAAGAACGACAUUGUUAUGAUAUUUUCUGAGUUUGAUAAACGACUUAUUGAUGGUGCGGACGAGCAACUCUCGAUAUUGGAUUUAGCACUGAGCAUUUCCGGAAUAAUGAGCCGAUCAUGA